AUGGAUAUGGAUUCUUCUCAGAACUGGCUUGCCUUCUCUCUUUCCAACCACCACAACAUACCCUCUGAUUCUUCUCAGCUCUGCCUCUUCGAAGCCUUCAACAGCACCAACCCUAGUGGGGUUGUUGAUAGACCUAAAGAAAAUGGAUGUGGUGCAAGUUCAACAGCCUUAUCUAUGUUCGGUAGUUGUGGCCCAAAGCUCGAGGACUUUCUUGGUGGUUGUAGAGCCAACACCGGCACGGGGGCUGGUGAUGCAUCUCUGUUUACCGGCGAAACUCAGGUGACUUUGUCCGAGACACAGGUAUAUGACUCCGAGCUCAAAACUAUAGCUGCUGGCUUCUUACGUGGGUUUUCCUCCGAACAAGCCAACAACCAGAAGCUGUUGGCGGUGGCACCACCGCCUGAGCCACCUGCGAAGAAGGCUGUUGACACCUUCGGCCAACGGACGUCCAUAUACAGAGGAGUCACCCGGCAUAGGUGGACUGGUAGAUAUGAAGCUCAUUUGUGGGACAACAGUUGCAGAAGAGAAGGCCAAAGUCGGAAAGGAAGGCAAGUUUAUUUGGGUGGUUAUGAUAAAGAGGAUAAAGCAGCUAGAGCUUAUGAUCUUGCAGCUCUCAAAUAUUGGGGUCCGACCACCACCACCAACUUUCCGGUGUGUAACUAUGAGAAGGAACUGGAGGAUAUGAAAAAUAUGACCAGGCAGGAGUUUGUUGCCUCUCUUCGAAGGAAAAGUAGUGGGUUUUCUAGAGGAGCCUCUAUCUAUAGGGGAGUGACAAGGCACCAUCAACAUGGUCGUUGGCAAGCAAGGAUAGGGAGAGUUGCAGGCAACAAAGAUCUAUACCUUGGAACCUUCGGCACCCAAGAAGAAGCUGCAGAGGCCUAUGAUAUUGCUGCUAUCAAGUUUAGAGGGCUAAAUGCCGUGACCAACUUUGACAUGAGCCGGUACGACGUUAAGAGCAUUGCGAAUAGCAAUCUUCCCGUCGGAGGCAUGACCAAACCCAAAACUUCAUCAGAAUCUGGCUCCGAUAACAAGAGUAUAGAUGGAAGCCGAUCGGACGAUAAAGAUCUCUCCUCGGCUUCGUCGGUAACAUUCACAUCACAACCCUCCUCGACAUCUAAGCUGAGCUUUGGAUUAUUAUCUAUGGCUAUGAAACAAGACCAACCAUCAGACUUUUGGUCAAUCCUUGGGUACCAGAACUCUUCUCUGAACAAUACCAAAAACCCUAGCCUCUUUCAAGCUUCCAACAAUGGUGGAGUCUAUCAGGGUUCAACACCCUUCAGCAUAGAUUUCCCAAUAACAUCAUCAACAAAUGAGAUCACCAACAACAAUAAUGGUUUAUUCAAUGGUGGGUACCUCCAGCAACAAAGCAGUGGUACUUCAAGUUCAAUUCCAUUUGCCACACCCAUUGCUUUAAAUGGCAACACUACUACUACCACCACCACCACUACCACUUUUGAAGGCUCAACUUUUGGUAAUUGGGUUUCACCAUCUCUUCGUCAGUUCCAAACUGUGAAACCCACUCUGUCAGUGUUUCAGACACCAAUUUUUGGAAUGGAAUGAGCUCAGAUGUGAUUAAAGAAUGGUGAGAGACUUGGGUGAAUGUUGUUUAAUUGCUUUACAUGCAAUAGUGGAUUGGUCAAAGCUUUACUUUGGAGGGAGGGGUGAGAAUGGGGCUGACAAUCAUUUCUGGGUUGCUAGCAGUGCUGACUGACAGUACUAACUGAAGUUUUGUUACGGUCAUGGUUCUUUCUCUUUUACUUUUCUUCU